CUUGACAAACGUGCCAAAGCUCGGUGCGCCAGUGUGUAAUGCUAUAGGCUGGAGGGAGGCAGCUGUUGCCAUUAUUUUAUCAGCCAGCUCAGAUACAUCAGCGGCUUCACCCUCCCUUCCUAGACGGGAAAAAGAAAAGAAGAAGAUGAGACUUCCAGGUUCAUCGUAAACACACACAGCACUGAGAGAAAUUUAUCUGGGAAAAAAGUGAUAUCAAAUGGUACAGAAAAGUAGUAUGUCCAGGACGCCUUCGACCUCAACCCAGGAGAUCCAAAUGGACAUGUUUGACCAUCAUCCACACACGCAGGGAAAGUACGCCAAGAGAAAGAGUCGGUUCAAGCGCUCAGAUGGCAGCACCUCCUCUGACACCACGUCCAACAGCUUUGUGCGACAGGGCUCUGCAGACUCCUACACCAGCCGGCCGUCAGACUCAGACGUGUCGCUGGAGGAGGAUCCCGAAGCUCUGAGGAAGGAGGCCGACAGGCAGGCUCUUGCCACCCUUGAGAAAGCAAAGACCAAACCAGUGGCAUUCGCCGUGCGCACAAACGUCGGCUACAACCCGGGCCCCAACGAUGAUGUUCCUGUGCAGGGCAUGGCCAUUUCUUUUGAAGCCAAAGACUUCUUGCACAUUAAAGAGAAGUACAACAAUGACUGGUGGAUCGGGCGUCUGGUGAAGGAAGGCUGCGAGGUGGGCUUCAUUCCCAGCCCGGUGAAACUGGAGAACACGCGUCUCCUGCAGGAGCAGCGAAUGCGGCAGAACCGGCUCAGCUCCAGUAAAUCAGGAGGAAGCUCUAGCCUGGAUGUUGCCACGGGAACCCGCAGGCCCACCCCACCUGGCACAGCUCACGUGGAUAUUUCCACGAUGCCCUUUGACGCUGACCCCCUCGACCUGGAAGCCGAGGAGCCCCCUGAGUCCCAGGGAGAGCCUCGCUCCCCCAAGGGCAUGUCGGGGAGCGUAACGUCCCCCCAGGCCAACGCCCACCGACUGCCCUUCUUUAAGAAGAUGGAGCACGUCCCUCCCUACGAUGUGGUUCCCUCCAUGAGACCCAUCAUUCUGGUGGGGCCGUCCCUCAAAGGCUACGAGGUGACCGACAUGAUGCAGAAAGCUCUCUUUGAUUUUCUGAAACACAAGUUUGAAGGAAGAAUAUCCAUCACGCGGGUGACAGCAGACAUCUCUCUGGCCAAACGUUCCGUCCUGAACAACCCCAGCAAACACACCAUCAUCGAGCGCUCCAGCACUCGCUCCAGCCUGGACGUACUGGCUGAAGUGCAGAGUGAGAUUGAGCGCAUCUUCGAGCUGGCCCGAACCCUGCAGCUUGUGGCUCUGGAUGCGGACACCAUCAACCACCCCUCUCAGCUGGCAAAGACCUCACUGGCUCCCAUUAUUGUCUAUAUCAAAAUAGCAUCUCCUAAGGUUCUCCAGAGGCUCAUUAAAUCCAGAGGGAAGUCCCAGGCAAAACAUCUAAAUGUGCAGAUGGUUGCAGCUGACAAGCUGGCUCAAUGUCCACCUGAACUGUUUGACAUCAUCCUGGAUGAGAACCAGCUGGAGGACGCGUGCGAACACCUGGCUGACUACCUGGAGGCCUAUUGGAAGGCAACACACCCACCGAGCAGCAACCCUCCCAACCCCCUGCUCAACCGCACUAUGGCCACGGCGGCCCUCGCCGCGUCUCCCGAGCCCGUCUCCAACCUGCAGGGCCAGUACCUGGUGCACGGUGAGCACAAGAGGGAAGGUGUCCUAACAGAAUGUGGCGGAAGCAGCGCUCUGCGAGACUACAAGAGCGACCAGGGAGGAAAGCCUCAGCAGCAUCACCAACAGCAGGCGUGCCUGCGCUCGUCCCGCGGCCAGCUUCGAGGGGGGAGCAGUCGCGGCCUGUCACGGCAAGACACCUUCGACUCCGAGACCCAGGGAAGCCGGGACUCGGCCUACACCGAGGCCGGGGACUCUUGCAUGGACAUUGAGACCGAUCCGUAUGAAGAGCCGGAGCCUUACCGGAGCGGCGGGGGCAGCCGCCUCCACCUGGCGCAGCAUCACGGCCGACAGGCCUCCUGGGAGGACGAAGGCGCCGAGCCGGACCAGGAGAACCUGAACCACCCUCCAAUGCCGAGCCAGACACAGCCGCACGGACGCGCCAAGCUGAAGGAGCGCUACUGCCAGGACCCCGUGGACACAGGAGCCAACAUGAGCCGCAACAAGAACCAGGACGACUGGGGGAGGGACGUGUACAUCCGCUGAACGCUCACCUUUCUACACAGGAAAGGGGAGCCACAGACUGACAACAGAAAUGUCGAUUCCUUGGGAUGUUGACCCUUUAACACCGGAGAUGUCGCCGGCGACACCUAAAUGACGCACAGUCUUUGACAUACCGUAACUUUUCAACCGUUUAUGCAAUCAGCGUGAAUUGCACAGAGAAUAGUGGCGUUGCAAAUCAUUUUUGCACCAAUACGCAACACUUAACACAGUACUGGACUGAGUGACCGCUCCCCCUUGACGUUCCAAACAGGAAGUACCUGCUGGCUCCAAGAAGCCAAAAUCCCAUAGACUUCUAUAGGGAACUAAAAAGUUGUUACUCAGUCAGAACAACCAUUCUUAUUACAUCUUCUUGCAAAUCCUAAUUUUAUUUUUCGUAACAGUUUUCUUGUAGUGCAUGUUAUUCAAGUUAUAAACUGACCAAUCAGAAUAAUAGUAGGUGGUGCUUACUACAUCCGAAACGAUUGAAACUUUUUUUUUUGACAAGUUCUUCCAAACCCACUUUUAAGUGGUUGGGGCGUGGCCUUUCAACAAACUCACUCUUGAUUGGCAAGAGUGGUUGCCAUAGAAACAUUGACUCUGACCAAUCACUGAUCAUCUGGCUCCGUCAUGGUGGCGUCCAUAUCGCAAAAAAAAGUCGACUUAAUGGAGCUUUUUUUGUUUGAGCCUAUGAGGAUGUAGCACACGCAUGGCCACGCACAUACAGACACGCAAACUCGCCAAUCAUUUACUGAAACUUACCUUUUCUCUGUCCCUGUUUCUCGUAGGUACAAAUGCAUACAUUUACACAUAGAACGCCAACAUCAUUAGCUUCUUUUGUUUACAGGAAGUUAGUGACCAACUCCACAGAUUAGGUCUCCUUUAAUAAAAGAAGAGACUCGAGCCUUGGCUCCUCUGCCAUCAUUAUUGCUUGGCUUGACAAGUUCUUCCCCAAGACACCCACAACAGACCCGGAAGUACGCCGUUCUCCACUGGUGACGUCACACUCACUCUGUCCACUUCUAGCUACUUGCGUAAAGUCUUGCAUAUCAGUGCUUUCACCGCUUCAGAAUUGCGUAAACGAUUGAAGACUUACGGUGGUCCAAAGAAUGUCAACACUGGAGCUAAAGCUCCGGGGUCAAAGGGUUAAAGGAACCACAGUUUGGGUUUUGGGGCCGUGCCUGUCGCUGACAAAUAUCUGUUUACAUCUUAGUACAAUGUAAUGAUGUACAUCGACUGCCAGAUGCCAUUCUCAUCAACUUCUUUUUGCAAACCAGUUUAGUUCUAUUUAGAAUGAAUAUUUGUUUUCUUCAAUACUGCAUGAAAACCAUGGACUUCUAUACAGACAGCACGAGGGCAGUCAGUUGUGAAUCAAAGAUUAUAUUCUCCUUCAGUGGUAGUGGGAGGGUACAGCUGUUGUCCGUCACGUCUGUCCUCUGCAGUCUGAAACAGGGUUGAUGUUCCUUCAUUUGAAGAACGUCAGGGUCUCCAUUCACCUUAAUGUCACCUACUUUUUAUUCAAACUGAAACCCAACAGUUGAGUCUCUCAUAUCCACUAUUUUAUCACCCCAACUGUUUGGGUAAAAAAAGAAAAUAUUGGGGUCAUCUCGUUUUAACAAAUUUCUCGGUGUUGCUACACUAUUGUCAGUGUGAUUGUAAUAAAUAGACUCCAAAGAUGUUUACUUCUUCCCAAACCUGGUUCAGCCUUUGCAGACGUCUGAUCCAGUCGUUCCAUCCAUGUUUUCUCUGUAAAUGAAUCAUCACCUGUGCAUCCUCGAAGCAUCGCCCACAAGUUUCACUCAUGUGGAUGAAGCGUCCAGCCUUAGUCACUCCCACCCUGAAAAACACGCCCAAUUCAAGAAACCUCCAAUCACAAGUGCCGGAAUGUCUCGCCAAGCCAUGCCUACCCCUUCAGGUGGGAUGUCUUAACUCUUGUUGCGCUCAUCUUCAUCCGUCUUUGUCUCGUGGCUACUCUGAAAUGUGGCCUUGCUGUUCGUUGCUCAUUCUCUUUGCUUUAUUGUCCGACUUUCAGGGCUAAAGGUGGUAUGACGGUAUGUGUGUGCGCGCGUGGUUAAUCACUCCCAACUUCCACCUGAACCUCUAGCUUGUCUGAUAUUAGACUCUCUUCUUACUUUCUGACUGAAUGGCUUUUUUUUUUUUCUUGUGAAUUUUUUUUAAUGCAUCAGUUUUAGUGAGCUAGUGAGAGGAGUGUCAUCUGGGGAGGGGUUGUGUGUGGGGGGGCAGGAUCAGCUUUGGUCUUUACUGCAUUAUCUGUACUGGAAAAUCCAUGAAUGUCUUUGAUGGGCUGCUGCAGCCUGCUCCUGUCUUCAGCUGAAUAAAUAUGAAAUGAUGAUCGGUAAAUAAUGUUAUUGUUGCGUUAUCGCAAUUGUUAAAAUUAUGAAAUAUAACAUGUAUCAUUGGUUCCUGAUUGUAGCUACAUUUUGCUUUUUCUGCCUUUCAUUUUUAAUCUGUGGAUAAAUUCAUAUUUUAAUUAAAAAUUUAAUCAGAAAGA